AUGAGUAGAGCAUGCUUGUUUUCUUCACUACAUUUCUUUGGUGAAGCCAAGAUGAAGUUCGCAAUUGUCUUUGUUGGACUUCUUGGUGUCUUCCUGGCUCCUGUUCUUGGUGAAUAUGACAUCGAUGUGGGUGAAAACAACAAGGAAGAUGUAAAUGGUGAACAGUCAGUGAGUGUAAACCAUGAACACAAUCUGGCCAAUAUUGACAACAACAAUGGAUGGGACUCCUGGAAUGCCAUCUUGGAUUAUGAAAGUAACUUUGCUGCUAUUAGACUCUUUAAAAACAAGGCAUGCAUCGUGCACAGAAUGAACAGGGAUGCUAUGCCUUCUCUUCAAGCCCUGGACGCAUUGUCCAAGAAAAAUAAGGAUGAAGGACCAGGGGGCCCACCUCCUAAGGGUCUGAUGUACUCCAUCAAUCCAGAAAAAGUGAGUGAUGUGGACAGGUUUGGAAAGGCCAUCACUGGCAUGUGCAAAGGAGUCCCAAUCUACAUGGCUGAGGAGACUGAAGGAGCAAGCCUGUUUGUUCACUCAGGAGGGUGCCUCAAUAUUAACAUACUCUGGAUCCUGAGAACUUCUUUCUGUGGAGGAGCACAGUUAAAAUGA